AUGUCCAUAAUUUAUAAGGAGAAUUAUUUACUAAGUUUACCAUCUAUAAUUAAUUAUAGGAAAUUGGACGAAGGAAUCAAUUAUUGCCUUCAUGAUGAGGAAACAAAAAUAAGAGAAAAAUUAAAAAUCUUUAAAAGCAUUGAUGGAAUUUUACAAAAACUAUUAGAUAUUUUAUGCUAUAUGCCAUAUUUUUCAACCAUAUCUAAUUCAACUGAAGAAUAUUGUAAUUUUUUUUAUUACUGGUUUGGAAAUAUGAUUGCUAAUAUAAAACAUGAAGAAGAAUUUAAUAAAAUAAUCAAUAUAUUUUAUGAUGGACUAACUAUAGUUGGAGCUUCAAAUAAGUGCGUAAAUCAUUUUAUUAGUAAUAGUAUAGAUGAUUUUAAAAAACUGAAAAGUGUUUAUGAUUAUUCUAUAAAUUACUCAAGUAUUAAACAAAAGCUUACUGAUAAAAAAAUUUCAUGCAGCCAAGAGCUUAAAGAAUUAGUGAAAGACGCAGAAUAUAUAUAUGAUGAAAUGUACAGAGAAUGUAUUACAGGUAAUAAGAAAAAUUAUUGUAAUUCAUUUAAAAAAAUAUUCCCUAAUUAUCCAAAUGGAAAUAAAUUACAUCCAUUAAAAUGUGAUCUAAGUAAAGCAAUACCAUCCUCUCGAUCGAUGGAGUAUUCACCCUCAAUUAUAAAAAUACGUGAAUUAUCUCCAUACGAUGAUAUACGAAAUAAAUCGCGAGAAUAUUUAUUUAGAGUAUUUUUGCCUAUGAUGGUCAUAUCACUUAUUUCUCCUGUUUUAUACCAAUUUACUCCAGUUAAAACUUGGAUGCAUAAAUUAUUUAGAGAGGGUAGGAGCUUAAUGGGUAAAAUAAAGGAUAUAUGGAUACCAGGAUUAAGACAAAACUUUUAUGAAUCUGAAAAAUUAAAUUCAUACAGAAACUACUUUAACUUAUCAUAUAGUUUUGAAUGA